AUGAGCACCAAAUUUUGCGACGAUGCCAAUUGUGCGGGACGGGGUAGGCGCCCAAAGGAGGUGAAGCGUCGAAGCGAGGGUGAAGCGCCCGAGCCAGGCCUGGAAAGCGAGGGGGAGGCACCAGAAGAGGAAGACGGUACCCGAACGAGUGGUGAUCAGAUUGGCGCCCAGGCGUGCCGCAUUUUGGCGCAGGGCGUGCAGGCUAGAAGAAACAGAUCGCCGGGCGCUCUCCUUCAGGGACGCUGUCGUUGCUUUGCGCAUUUCUGCCCGCUCGUACUUUUGCGUACUACUUCCACCCUCUUCGACCGGGCGCUUCCGCCCUCUUCUACCGCGUACUUCAGUCCUCGUCUACGUACACUUGACAUCGCCCGCAGCCUGAGAACGCAUCAGCCUCGUCCACCGUACUUCCUCGUCACCCGCAAACAGGCAACCUUCUGUAUCACCAUGGACAUAUUUGUGCGCUCUCAAGCUAGCGAGCGCCGCACCUCGCCCAGCGAGCAUCGCAUCACGCUCAGCGAGCGCCGCACCAUGCCCAACGGUCGUCACACCACGCCCACCGAGCGUCGCACCACGCCCACCGAGAGCCGCACCACGCCCAGCGAGCGUCGCAUUAAAUAUGACCACAAGCGCGGCACUCAACCGGACGACACCCUCCACAUCCCCUCCUGGCACGCCUCCGAUCAUCCAUCGUUGUCCUUGGACUACUCAGUGACGUCCCGCAUCCCCUCCUCAGGGCACGCCUCGGACCACUCGUCGACUUCCCCGGUCAUAUACCACAACUGCCGCUGCUCUUCUACAUGUCCGUUAAGCGGUCAUUCCGCCUCCCGACCAGCCGAUCAACCUCUAUCCCAAACACUCAACACUGGACCUCUAUCCCAGACAUACGGCACCCCGUCCGACCAACUUCGCCGCGCGGACUACCAUCACGGUGGCUCGACGUUCUCCUUUCAUGAUGUUUAUGUCUCAACCUCUAAAGCAUACCGUCAUUCGUUGUACAGCGCCUCUUCCUCCGAAGCCCCCCUUCUCUCGUCCUCCGGCGCUGAGUACACUUAUCACCUUUCGAGCCAAGAUCGAAGGUGGAAGGUACUCUUGCAGGACACUAUCAGGCGCCUGGUGUGCUCCUUAGACCCUGGUCGCCCUCGCUACUUUGACCCCGGGCGUGCUCGCUCCUCAGACUUUGGUCAUGUUUGUUCCCUCGUCAAACGCGUUGCUGGAUCCCUAGAUCCUCGUCACCUCCGCUCCUUGAGCAAGCCCGCCCUUGAGGACCUCGUCCGUCGGGCGAUGGAGCUGCUCAAGCCGGACCUGGCGAGGAGGCGCUCGGGUCUCAGUAUCAGGGGCGCCUCGAGCGCCAUAGAGUUGGAGGGCUCGAGUGCGACCAAGGAUCUUCGCGCGGCGGGAGCCUCGAGCGAGACGGAAGACUUGAGGGAGAUGGGAGACUCGACCGCCAGAGGAGAGCCGACCGCAAGAGGAAACGUAGCCGGUCCAACUAGUCAUACCCUAACACACUCGUCACCGAACUGCGACGAGUAUUCUGCACACCUCAACGAGUAUUCUAAGCCCCACGACUGGCCCGCAUUGGAGGGCGGCGGCCAUGACGAGCCCGCUGGUGGCGUUGCCCGGGAUGCCAGGGAUUUUGGCGAGGAUUAUGGUGGCCUCGACAGUGCGAAAGGCGCUCUCAACUAUGUCUCUGGCGACGCUUUCGACGAUCCAGGCGGCUUCGACGACUACGCUGGCGGCUCUGUCAACGACGACCCUCGCUCCCUCGACGAGAACGAUAACACCAGCACGAUCUCGCUGCUCAAUGGUGAGCCUCUCGCUGACGCCGAUCUCUGUGUCAGUUUGCAUUUGUCUUCGUCAAGUACACCAUACUCGCACUCGUCAAGCUUGAUCAAAAGCUGGAUUGCGGGGGUGGCCGAGUCCCGUUGA